ACCAGAUAGUGUGCUGUAAUUUUCUUCGUGGGAUAGAACAAAGGACAAACCGACAGACAGGCGCAACGACUAACCUUUGUGAGUUUACAUAAAUGUGUUAUACUUAACUACUGUGUAAGUACUACGAGAAGCUAUAUGUACUGUACGGAGUACUGUGCAGUUCCAUUCGUGUGCGAAUCAGUGGAUACAAAGGCGCAAUCGAACUCGAUCAUCAGCAGUGUGACAGUGUUGCAUUGGAUGAAGUGGAUUGAUUACUACUGAUCGCUCAUAGAUACGUACUGUUCGAAAACCGUUUUGGUAUCUCCAAUACCAGUGACCUGUCUCUCUUGGUUGGGGAAAAAAAUCGAUGGACAAUCGAUGGACAAUUGAUGGAUGAGGAUUAUGAUGACACACGAUCGGAUGUCCUCCACAUACUCACAUUCUCCGAUGGAUUCUCGACAGUGGCACUUUACAGGUAUGGAGGUCGCAAUGUGGCUGCUGCGACGAUUUCGGCAGGCCGAAACCCUGGCUCGGAAGUCGACAGGUUAUGAUGACGAUGACAAUGUCGUGGGUAUUGUUGAGGAUGUUGAGUUACAACAGAGACCCGACCAUUGGCCAAUCCAUCUUUUCUGGGUGUUCGUUCUUCUUCUGCUUCAUUUCGAGAUUUUGCCCCUCAUUGGUAUGUGACACUUUUAG